CGUUUCCGCAAUAGAUAAGCGUGGUUAUGUAUACUCGUGUAUUGCUGCGACUGAGUUCAAAAUACAAAAUGUGUUGCUACAGCCGGAAUUUGCUUUUGUUCGUAGCUUUGAUAAUCCCGGCCUCGCAGUCUUCUGGAAAAAUUAUUGAAUUACCGGAAGACUAUAACCGGGCGUCACCAUGGGAUGAGUUAGUCAGGCUUGGUGUUAAAAAUCUGAAGGAAACAGAUUGUUUGCGUACGUGCAACGUUGGGGAAGCACCGCGAGUCUGUCUUUACACAUUUGUUUUAGAGUACUACGCGGCGAUGGGAACAGCUUGCGGGAAUUGUUCCAAUGGUGUUCUCGAGGACUGUUACCUAUCCCAAUGCAUCCCAGUCGAUGGAGUUGAAAAGGGAGUGAUGUCCAUCAACCGCCAAAUUCCCGGGCCUCCGAUUAACGUCUGUAAAAAUGACCUGAUCGUAGUCAAUGUGCAUAACCGAAUGUCCGGUACCGGGUCGACAAUACAUUGGCAUGGAAUUCUGCAGAAGCGCAGUCAGUGGAUGGACGGGGUUCCCUAUAUAACCCAGUGUCCGAUCGGAGAAUCGAGUUUUCGAUACGCAUUUCCAGCCGAUGACGCUGGCACGUACUUCUACCACUCUCACACUGGGCUACAUAGAACCAAUGGGCAAUAUGGUGUGUUGACUGUCCGUGAACCACGUUCCGAGGAACCCUGGCCGCAAGAACUCUACGAGUUUGACGUACCAGUGCAUACGCUUCUUGUUUCCGAUUGGAUGCACGAAACCGCAGAGAUGUUUUUCCCCGGUUUGCCCAGCAAAGAGCCAGGAAUUUCACCAACUACUAUAUUGGUUAACGGUUUGGGAUGGUACCUCAAUGGAACUACGAGCGAAGAUUCUGUGAACGCGUCAUUUCCUCUGGCAACUUUUCACGUAGAGAGGAAUUCAAGUUACAGGUUCCGGGUUAUCAACGGAGCAAGCCAAACCUGCGGCUUCCAAUUCCAAAUACAGAAUCACAACUUGACUCUUAUCGCCACUGACGGAUCGCCGAUCGAGCCAAUCACCGUCGAUGCCUUUGUCAUCUAUCCUGGUGAACGAUACGAUUUUAUCCUCAGCACGAAUGACACUUCGCUUGAUAGCGACGCGUUCUGGAUUUAUAUCACCGGCUUGGGAGCAUGCGAGAGUCUGGAAAUCGAUCAGUACGCUGUGCUGUCUUACGGCACAAAUGGCACAGAUUUAGGGAUUAUUCCAAACGCAACUCGACCUACAGUAUCCGACCCUCUAAACUUUACGAGGGUCUUGAAUUAUCCGAGCACCACAUGUGGCGAAAGUUCGGAGUACCUUUGCGUCACUGAUCUGCGACUGGCCGGAUACGAAGCGGACAAAGAUACCAAAACAGUCUUAACGGCGAAACCAGACGUUCGACUGGUGAUCCCGUUCAAUUUCCAUUUCUUUGAUCUCGACACCUUUCACGACGAGGGAAAUUAUGAAACAUAUGAGAAUCUCGGCGGAACCUCGAUUCGAGCGGGCAUGAUGAACAACAUAUCCUUCACGUUUCCUUCUAGUCCAAUAAUUUUCAAAAACAGACCUGAUGAAACACUUUGCAACGCAGACAAUUUACCAGCCGAAUGCCUGCAGAGUACCGACGACACGGAUGGUACUUAUUGCCAGUGUAGCAACGUCGUGGUCUUGAAACAGAACGACAUCGUCGAACUAACAUUGCUUGACGCAGCCAACGAGUCGGGACUCAGUCAUCCGUUCCAUUUGCAUGGUUACUCUUUUUACGUGGUGAGCAUGGAUUCAAACUAUCCAAGUAAGGAGGAAACACCCAAAAAUCAGAGCAGCUUUUGUAUUCCUCUACGAAAGGACACGAUCAGUGUACCCUCCGGAGGAUACGCUACCGUGCGAUUUAGAGCCGAUAAUCCUGGAAUUUGGUUGAUGCAUUGUCACUACGAGUGGCAUCUGGCCACUGGCAUGGGGAUGGCUUUCUGGGUCGAGGGAGAUAUUACAGCUCCACCCCCAGGCUUUCCGACCUGCGGUGAUUUCGAUCCAUUGAGUUGAGCUGAUGUGAAUCAAGUCAUUGUAUGCUAAGCAUGAAUGACCCUGCAAUGUCUAAAUUCAAGUAUCAGUAUCUCAAAUAUAUACCACAUAAAUUGUAAAAUCACAUACCUUUUUGUGAUUUCUUCCAAUAAAAUGGCACUUUGUAAACCGUAAUUCUGAGUUUAUUAUGCUUCUUGAGUUAUUCCACUGUCAAAUAUGAAAGAUUAUUUGC